AGAGAAAAAGCGAGAGUGUAGAGAGAGAGAGAAGGUGGAGGAGGAGGAGGUUGGCGGUGUUCUUGAUUGCAAUCACCAAGUCGACCAUUUUUUUCUUUUCUUUUUGUAUCACUUUUACUUUUACUAUCACCUAACGGAAUACAAUCAUGAUCAUGAUCAUGAUCAUUACUCUCACUAUCCCUUCAUCAUCACCACCUCUCUCUCUCUACUCAAACAAUUCCAUUACAACCCAUUUUACAGCUCAAAACAGAGUCCAAUUCUCGAGUUACUUAAUCCCCAACCCAUUUUGUCUCCGUACCCAUUGCUUCUCUUUCUCUUAUUCUAAUCUUCUUUUUCAGUCCAGCGCUUCACACCCAUUCAGUGUUUGUUUGAAUGGGUCUGAGAGGUUGUUCCAUUUUUUAACCGAAUCGACACUUGGGUUUUCUUGAGCUGUCCAUUUCAUGGGUUUGUGCUGCUGGGUUUUCUGGUUCGGGUUCAUUCUGUUCUGUGCCUCCAACGAAGUUGUUUUCAGUGAUCAAGAUGGUUUCUUGAGUUUAUCUUGUGGUGGAACAACCAGUUUCAUCGAUUCAACUAACAUAACAUGGGUCGCAGAUAGUGAUUAUAUUAGUACAGGCAACAGUGCAUCUGUUAAUUAUGUUGAAGGCAUGUCGUCUUCUCAAGUUCCCGUCCGUUUCUUCCCAGAUUCUCCAAGUCGAAAGUGUUAUAGGUUACCUGUAAAGAAUGUCUCAUCCUCAGUUCUUGUUAGAGCCCAGUUUGUGUAUAAGAACUAUGAUGGACUCUCAAAACCCCCCAGAUUCUCUGUUUCUCUUGGGACAGCAAUUAGUACUACUAUAAACCUUGCUAAUACUGAUCCAUGGACCGAAGAGUUUGUGUGGCUGGUUGAUAAAGACAUUCUCCCGUUAUGUUUGCAAUCAAUCCCAGAUGCUGGUUUUCCUGUUAUUUCUACGCUUGAAGUCCGGCCACUUCCUGAAUCAGCUUACAGAACUGGAUUGGGAGAUUUCCCCAACAAGUUCCUUCGAAAAAGCUAUCGAAUCAAUUGUGGAUACAUUAAUGGAUCACUAAGGUACCCUUUGGAUCAGUAUGAUCGAAUAUGGGAUGCUGAUCAGGACUUUUUGCCAUUUCAUAUAUCAUCUGGGUUCAAAAUACAAAGAACCUUCAAUUUGUCAAGUCUGGAGGAGACUCCUCCAGCUGCUGUUCUUCAAACUGCAAGAGUUUUAGCUCGGAAGGAGGUCUUGACUUAUAAUUUGCCUCUUGAUGAUACUCUAGGAGACUACUACAUUAUCCUUUAUUUUGCUGGGAUUCUUCCUGUGUCCCCUUCAUUCAACAUGCUGAUUAAUGGGGAUGUAGUUCAAUCAAACUAUACUGUGAAGAGCUCUGAAGUGAGUGCUCUGUCCAUUACAAGGAAAGGAAUCAAGAGCUUAAAUAUCACAAUGAAGAGUAUUAGAUUCUACCCUCAAAUCAAUGCGAUUGAGGUGUAUGAGAUUGUUGACAUUCCUUCAGAAUCUUCCUCAACUACAGUUUCAGCCCUUCAGGUUAUUCAGCAAUCCACUGGAUUAGAUCUGGGAUGGCAAGAUGAUCCAUGCUCUCCAACACCAUGGGAUCAUAUUGGAUGUGAAGGAAAUUUUGUUACUUCAUUGGAGCUUUCUGAUAUCACCUUGAGGUCAAUCAGCCCUACAUUUGGUGAUUUGUUGGAUCUUAAAAAACUGGAUUUGCAUAAUACCUCACUUGCUGGGGAGAUACAAAACUUGGGUAGCCUGCAACGUCUUGAAAAACUGAACCUGAGUUUCAAUCAGCUAACAUCUUUCGGUUUUGAUUUGGAAGACUUGAUUAGCCUCCAAACCUUGGACUUGCAAAAUAAUAGUUUACAGGGAAUAGUUCCCGAUAGCCUGGGGGAGUUAAAGGAACUUCAUCUCUUGAAUCUGGAAAACAAUAACUUGCAAGGCACUCUCCCAGAGUCACUGAACAGAGAAAGUUUGGAAGUUCGGGCAUCUGGGAAUUUGUGCCUUUCCUUCUCCUUAUUGACAUGCAAUGGUGUUUCAAACAAUCCUUCCAUUGAGGCACCGCAAGUCACCAUCUUUACCAGGAAGAAGAAGCAUGAUGUCCAUAAUCAUUUGGCAAUUAUACUCGGUGCAUUUGGGGGAGCUUUACUCGCUCUUUUCAUUAUUUCUAUUUCAGUAUUCUUGUAUACAAGGAGAAAGAAAACUGAAGCCACAUAUACAGCAAGAGCCGAAACCGAGAUGCGAAACUGGAAUGCCGCAAAAUUCUUUUCCUACAAAGAAAUCAAAGCAGCUACAAACAACUUUAAAGAGGUGAUAGGCCGUGGUAGUUUUGGGUCUGUUUACCUUGGAAAGCUUCCAGAUGGUAAAUUAGUAGCUGUGAAAGUGCGGUUUGAUAAAUCCCAACUUGGAGCUGAUUCUUUUAUCAAUGAGGUGUCUCUUUUGUCACAAAUUUGUCACCAAAAUCUUGUAUCACUGGAAGGGUUUUGUCAUGAGUCAAAGCAACAAAUACUGGUUUACGAGUAUUUACCUGGCAGAUCCUUGGCUGAUAACCUUUAUGGAGCAAGCAGUAAAAGGGUAACCUUAAGUUGGGUUCGCAGACUGAAAAUUGCUGUUGAUGCUGCAAGAGGGUUGGACUACUUACACAAUGGGAGCGAUCCAAGAAUCAUACAUCGUGAUGUGAAAUCGAGCAAUAUCCUUAUGGACAUUGAAAUGAAUGCCAAGGUCUGUGACUUUGGACUCUCUAAGCAAGUGACCCAGGCAGAUGCAACUCAUGUGACCACCGUUGUCAAGGGCACUGCUGGCUAUCUUGAUCCCGAAUAUUAUACCACCCAACAGCUAACUGAGAAAAGUGAUGUCUAUAGUUUUGGAGUUGUUCUAUUGGAGCUCAUUUGUGGUCGAGAACCACUAAGGCACACUGGAACUCCAGAUUCCUUCAACUUGGUCUUAUGGGCAAAGCCGUACUUGCAGGCAGGUGUUUUUGAAAUCGUGGAUGAGAACUUAAAGGGAACAUUUGACGCCGAGAGCAUGAGAAAGACAGCAUUCAUUGCUUCGAGGUCUGUAGAGAGAGAUGCUUCUCGGAGGCCUACAAUAGCAGAGGUAUUGGGAGAGCUGAAAGAAGCCUACAACAUUCAACUUUCUUAUCUUGCUUCUACUGGGGACAUUUGAAUGAAAUCCAGUCAAUACCAACAUAUUUAUUUACCAAUAUUGAAGCUUUGUGCAAGGUUUUUCAUUGGAGUAUCUCAAAAAGAAAGUUGGUCUCUCAGCAUAGUUGACAAAUAUAUUUCAGAAAAUGUUUGCUUGAUGAUGGAUAUAUAAUUAAUUUAUGCAGAUGUAUGUAUAUGUAUUUGGUUUACUUUUAUUUAACUGAAGUUAGUACCUUACCCAGGAGCAUAUAUAUAUAUAUAUAUAUAUAUUUAU